AUGAAUUUAGAAGAAAGCACGGAGAGAAUUAUGGAGCGUGUGAGACAGAGAAAAAUGGAAUUGAAUGAGAAUGAAGACCCUAAAGAGAACAUGAGAGUUAAGGAAAACAAGGAACAACGCGUUAAUAUUUCAACAGUUAUAAAGCCUGUCGACUCUCCUCUAAAGCCCUGGAACAACCCCCCACCCCCACCUCCAUCAGACACAAUCCCAGAAGAAUCGGCGAUUGAUUCAAGUAAGUCUAAAUCUACCUUUGCGGCUCUGGCUGAGGACCUUGAUGAUUUUGUAUGCUCUCCUCAAAAAGAAAAACCUAAAGAGGCGUAUUUGAAAGGAAAAUCUCCCCGUUUGAGUAUCGGAGAGACAAGAUCUUCUGUAUUGUGCACACCCGCCGGUUUCAAUCAGAUGCGUUCACCUAACAGAUCAAUUUUAGGGGAAAGUACUCGAAGUGACCUAAACAAAACUAACUCACCUGGACGUCUGUCUUUGAAUGAUGAUCGUCGGAUCCGCUUUGCACAUCCAAUAUCGGCAACUACCAAUUUCAUAGAUGAUUCAUCAAUGACCUACAGUCAAACUGAAACGUCCGUUAUUACUUUAUCCGAUUCAACCUUGCCGGCUCCGGAACCUCGUCAGCCAGAAGAGGAAUGUGGGGCUCAUAUGUUCAUGAGAAAGAAAACACCCACAAAAAGUGAAUCAUCGUCGUCAAUCAAGAUUUGCUCGCCCAAACCUUUCGUGCGUGGUGGAAGCAGCAGCCACUUUUCUCCUGUACAAUUUAACCCAACUAACACAUCAUCUCCUAAAGUUCAAGAAUCUUCAAUUAAGAUUUUCAAAGCAAUCACAACCGAAAUUGAGGUUGGAGAGAAAAAGCUCAACCCCGUUCUGAACAGAAGAGAUUUUGUCGAUGAGCUUGAAAAUAGUGCCAAGUUUGCAUCUUGUACUCCCACAACACCUGCUGCGAUAGGAAUCUCUCAUGCUUCCGGAACAAGUUUGUCUCCUGCUAGAAGUGUUGCGAUUGAAAACGCAAAAGCUAAAACUAUCGCUCAACAGUUAGAGCAGAAGUUGAAGGGUGCCCCUGUCUCAGUGCCCACACCCAAAACAACAUUCAUUCCGACUCAAAUUGUUAAUCGGGAAGUUACACCCCGACAAGAUAAGAGUCCAAUUAAAACACAGUGGAGAGGGGCGACUGGCACUCCCGUGGUUGUUGGAAAAGAUCCAUGUGAGCCAACUAAACCAGAUGUGAGAGCAUCAAAUUUGAAAAGUUUGAAGAAUCGUUGGGAGUUUUCAUCCCUAACAGGUACUCCGAUUCAUCCCGAUGAAUCAGAGGAUUCUUUGGUCAAAACUGCGAUCCGUAUACGCGAUACAGCGAUACCCUCCAAAGGUGGUUCUGCUUACAAAACAUAUGGAGAUACUGGAAGUGCAGUAACCACACCUCUAAAUGAGCGGAAGACUUAUGCAAAUCAAGAUAUGGAUUCUCCAUGUGCAAAGAGUCCCAGAUACUGUGGGGGAGAGACAGCCCAACACGAGCUUUCUCCAACAAAAAUGGUGACUGAGGAGCCAGAAACAAUCGAAGAAGAAAUCGUAAUUGAGAACGAUGAAUCUAUCAAUGAGCUUGACAAUGGCACAAAUAUGUCACGUUUCAUCGACGAUGCGUUCGACUUCAUGAGCAAAAGCCCUAACAAGUCGCUUAUGAGAAGUCCUACAAAAUCGCUGAGGGAUUAUCCAAUUACUCCAGUUCGGGAGGCUCCUCUUGCAGCGAUGGAGAAAACUCCGGACUUUUUGGAGAUGGAUUUCUCAGAAUCUCGUGAUGCCUUGCCAGAGGUUCAUCCAAGUAGACCCUAUGAAGGUGUCGCUUCUGCUAUCAAAGCAUGUGUUGAAGAAUCAGAAGAGAAAGGAUCCCGACUACCAUACACGAUAUCGUUUUAUCGUAAAAGAGGGCGCAUGCAAUCUGAAGAUGAUUGUGAAAAAAUUGAUUUGAACGCGGGUUUGAAUCAGACACCCAAUCAGCAAAUCAUUGGUGGGGUACACGGCGAAGACCUCGAUGAGAACACAGACGAGAAGAUUAAAAGAAUGGAACGAGAAAUCAAAGUUCAAGUUGUUCGUAUUCAACAAGCCUCUCGAGCUUUGGAACACUGUCGUCAGAAAGAAGAGUUUAGAGGUAGUCGGGAAGAAGUUACUGCACAGCGGGCUCUCUUGCUUGCCGGAGAGACAAGACUGGCAUUACAAGCUCAGAUUGAAAAACUCAAUCGCGGUAAUAGAACUAGUUGUUCUGGACCACGAGGUGCCAUUACUAUUAGAUCCCUUCGACUCCAUGUUAACCGAGAUUUUGUUGGAAGUGCUAGUUCUGCUACAUCGAGCCCAAUCUACUAUUUCUGUGUUCUUCUCACAGUUAAUGAUCAAGUUCAUGCUACAACUAUCGCAACAUCGGAUGAAUGCAUGAAGAAGAAGGACUGUUACGUGGAAUACACAAAUCCAAUCGAGCUUGUUCCUCUCGAUCCAGACUUUGUUUGUACUUUAGAAGUUUAUGCCCUUCGUGGUCACAGAGAACAGUUCACACACGAAGAGAAGUACCGUUUACGAGGUACUCAAGGUCGUAAUAAGACCAUGUCUCGCGCCGGAAUGAACUAUUCAACUGGUGGUCCAGGUGCUAUUCAUGAUGUUGCCUUCAACAGACUAGGGCGGGCAAUCUUUGAUAUAAACGUUCGUAGCGGCCAAAACAUUCUUCAACUCCAAGAUUCCAUUUAUCCUCUUGAUGGAACUGUUAGCCUACGAGUUGAAAAGAGAGCUGUGUCUCGAGUUAGUGCUCCCCACAGGGGCUUCCUGUCCAUGUUCCAAAGAACCAAGGAAGGUCUUGGAUCCUGGAACAGAUAUUGGUGUGUAUUGGAAUCAGGAGAAAUGAAGUUCUGGAAGUGUCCUGAGGACGAAACUAAUCCAGAGAAGACAUGGCUAGUGUUGCUAGAUCUCCAAACCUGUGCUGGUGAUGGAGCUUCUACUAUCCGAGAAACAUGUCCAUAUCCCAAUUCUUUCCAUAUCGAUGUCUGGGUUCCUAAGGAAAUACAAACUUCGAAGAGAAGUAGUCCAGAAAUGGAGAAGUUAAGAGUAAUGUUAGCAGCAGACACGAAGAGUGAUAUGAACGUAUGGAUUGAAGCAAUUAAUACAACUACUAUGAAUUUACUAAUGUGGCAGAAGUCGAUCAGUGGAUAA